AGAGUAUUGAACAAUGUAAUCUGCUAUACAAUGGCUCUAAAGUACAUACUAAAAUAUCGCAAUGUGUGUGCCGGUCAGUUGCGUACUAUGGCUUCUACCUCUGGGAGUGGUCUGUUCAGGCCCUUAGAUGUUAUAUCCGCACACAAUGUGUCUGUAUCCCAGGAGAUGGAUCGUAUUCCACGAAGUUGGAUAUUGGACUUAGCGCCAAGAGCCAUGCUACCGACAUAUUCAAGCUGUGGAAUCCCGUGUAUUAUAUCACCAGUUAACACGGUGGCAGGAACGGACUCUCCCAUGGAGCUUGCAUAUCGUGAUGACAUUCGACGUGAGCAGUUUAAUCGCAUUGUUGGAAAGGUAGGCAUCCGCAAGCGUGAUGCUGGAGUAUACUGGAAGCAGUACAAGCAGAAGCGCAUGAAGAUUCGCAAGCGUCGGCGUGUUAUAUAGGUGUCUAGUCACAUCAGCGGCACUAAUGAU